AUGGAGACCAACACUGCCAACUCAACCCGCGCCACGCCCACUAAGAGACUUUCAGCCUCCUGGCUCUCUCAGUCUCAUCAAUCCCGCGCACGCUCACCUUCCUCGGUAUCCAGUAGCAUCGCCAGCUCCAUAGCAAGUGGUAAGAGUCGGCACUUGGAGCCGGUGGGGACUACCGACACACCCGUCGAACCUGCCAGUUUGAGCAUGCCUCCUCCGGCGAAGCCCUUGAAGCCAACCCACCGCACGUCACUUCCCUACACCCGCCGUGAGUCUUGCAACUCGGACACCUGGAGCGAGGACCUCGGCCACGCUAGCCACACCAGCCUGGACGACCUGGCCAUCAUCGACGACACCGACAACACUCCGAGACUCGUGCCCAGCAGCUCUUCCCAGGACACGAGCGCCCAUCGCCAGCUGCCUGACCCUGCUGUCUUCCCUCGCUCAUCAUUCUCUGAGACCGACGGUGGCGUGGGUGGCAAGCGCGUAUCCGUGUCGUCUGUCUUCUCAUUAACCUCCGCUCGUGGUGUUCCGAGCUCUACGCCCUCCACCAACGGUUCCGACGGCGGCACUGCCCAGCGUUCCGUCUCCGUCUCCGGCCUGAUGGCUUCCAGCAAAGGCUUGGGCCCCGUCCCGGGACAGCAGUCUGAGGCAGGUCUCUCCAACGUGACCGUUACCACCUCGUCCAACUCCAACACCCAGACGCCCACUAGUGGCGGUCCGCAGCUGGCUCCCCAGAGAGCCAACCACACCAACCCGCUGGAGGUUGUCAAGCGAAAUCCUCCUCCCUCUAACACAGGCUCUCGCCCUCUACCGACUAGAUCUCGAAGUCGGGCUAAGCGCAGAUUCAGCGGGAGCACUGCCAAUAGCAGUCACAGUCCUAGCAGUGACCGAGGGCCCCAACCUAGGGAGAAGGAAGAGGUCAAGCCAGCGCCAUGGGGUAUCAUCGGCGUUUGUGCCCUAGACUCCAAAGCUAGAAGCAAACCUAGCAGAAAUAUCCUUAAUCGGAUCAUCGCGAAACGCGAAUUCGAUGUCGUCGUAUUCGGAGACAAGACAAUCCUUGAUGAAGAGGUCGAGGACUGGCCAAUCUGUGACUAUUUGAUAUCUUUCUACUCGGAUGGCUUUCCAUUGGACAAGGCUAUUGCUUAUGUGAAGGCUCGGAAACCAUUCUGCGUCAACGAUGUCCCCAUGCAGAAGAUUCUUUGGGACAGACGGCUUUGCCUUCAAAUACUUGACAAGAUCAACGUACCCACCCCCGAGCGAGUCGAGGUCAACCGCGAUGGUGGGCCGAGUCUUUUGACCCCGGAUAUUGCGAAACAUAUAAAAGAUGUUACCAACAUCUCUCUCGAGCCCCCAGACUCGGAAUUCUACAGGAUCCCUCGAAAAGUUGAGCUGCUCGACGAUGGAGAUAUCAUCAGCGUCGAUGGUACCCUCUUGAAGAAGCCCUUUGUGGAGAAACCCACGAGCGGCGAAGACCAUAACAUCAUCAUCUAUUUCCCGCGGUCUGCUGGUGGGGGUGCUCGGAAACUCUUCAGAAAGGUCGGCAAUAAGAGUUCAGAAUAUGUCAAGGACCUGAACAUUCCACGUGCUAUCACCGAGCCCGAAGGCAGUUUCGUGUAUGAGAAGUUCAUGCAGGUCGACAAUGCGGAAGAUGUGAAGGCCUACACCGUCGGGUCACAUUAUUGCCAUGCGGAAACAAGAAAAUCGCCCGUCGUCGAUGGCGUUGUCAGGCGUAAUACUCAUGGCAAGGAAAUUCGCUACGUCACAGCUCUGGACCCGGACGAGAAAGAGAUCGCAAGCAAGAUAGCGCGUACAUUUGGCCAACGGGUCUGCGGCUUUGACCUUCUACGUGCCGGUGGGAAGAGUUAUGUCAUAGACGUCAACGGAUGGAGCUUCGUCAAGGAUAACGAUACCUACUACGAUCACUGCUCGAGCAUUUUGAAAGACAUGUUCGUCCAAGAGAAAAUCAAGCGAGGGGGCCCAAUGCCGCCUUUGCCUUCGCCAACCAACCCCAGCAGCAGUGACCCCUUAGCCAAAGCGCUUUUAGCUAACAAGGACAAGAACUUGCACUCUGGAGGGCAACACUCUGCACAAUCGAAGUCGGUCGUAAACAGCGGGGUGGCCUCGCCCGAAGAAGCGAAAGAACCGAGAGCAGACGAAGACAAUACUGGAGCUACAUCUCCACCGAAGUUUGAGUCUGGAAUGGCAGGGAUUGCGGCGAAGCUGCAGGAUACUAUGAUGGGUUCUAGCAAUAAUCUUGCCAGCGGCUCGGCAGCAAGCAGCGUGCCUGCGACAGCCCCGCCCACCUUGCCGGCUACCCCAUUGUCAUCUGAUAAACCCCAGGAGCAACCGACUCCUCCGCCUCCUCCGCCCAAGCACUCCUGGAAGCUCAAGGGGAUGGUUUCCGUCAUUCGCCAUGCUGAUCGCACACCCAAGCAGAAGUACAAGUUCACCUUCUACACACAACCGUUCAUUGAUCUCCUCAAGGGACACCAGGAAGAAGUCCUUCUUAUUGGUGAGGCCGCACUUGGAAGUGUGCUCGAGGCAGUCGAUGCUGCAUUGAAAGCUGGUGAAGAAGAUAGAACUAAGCUGAAGUCGCUUCGCAACGUCCUAGUAAAGAAGGGCGGCUGGGUCGGAACGAAGAUCCAGAUCAAGCCUAUGUUUCGUAAGAAGAAAACGGCAGAGAUGGCAUCUGAGUCGACACCCCAAGUCACCGAGGGGGUAAAGAUGGAGUCGCCGGCUGCGGACACCGCAGAUACUACAUCCAAGGAGAAGGACGAGGGCGCAGAGGGCCAGUCGCAAGGUCCCAUCACGAAGGACCCCAAGGCCGAGAGCAGUGAUCCAAAGCAAGACACAGUCGGAGAAGACGCAGCAGGAGGUGAGCGCCGGCCACCUCGACCGCCGCGACGCCAGGACUCGAUGUCAGGUGUAACCAUGUCCAAGUUCACAGCGGCUGAUAACAGUUUCGUUCUGGACAAGCUUCAGCUGAUCGUGAAGUGGGGAGGCGAGCCUACUCACUCGGCUCGGUAUCAGGCUCAGGAGCUGGCACAGAACAUGCGUAACGACUAUCUUCUACUGAACCGCGACAUCUUGGAAGAAGUACAUGUGUUCAGCAGUUCUGAAAGGCGAGUCACAGCCAGUGCUCAGAUCUGGGCAGCAUCAUUCAUGGGCCAGAAAGACCUCCCAGAAGAUUUCAUCACGGUCCGCAAAGAUCUACUUGACGAUUCCAAUGCUGCGAAGGACGAGAUGGACAAGGUCAAGAAGAAGCUGAAGGGCUUGUUGCGUAAGGGCAAUGAACGUCCGUCGCAAUUCGCGUGGCCUGAGGCUAUGCCUGAGCCCUCCGAGGUGCAAACACGGGUUGUACAGCUCAUGAACUUUCAUCGUCGUGUUAUGCAGCACAACUACAGCAAACUGUACAGCGGUGCUGUCAACUCUCUGAAUGCUAUCCACACCCCUGGGCACGACAAGGCCAGUGGCGAAAGCUCCAACGCCUCCAUCGCCUCUUCACUGUCUCAGGUCAAUGCUGUCAACAGCAUACAGGCCCGUUGGUGCUGUGGUGAAGAUGCAGAACUGUUCCGCGAGCGCUGGGAGAAGUUGUUUGCCGAGUUCUGCGAUCAUGAGAAGGUUGAUCCUAGCAAGAUAUCCGAGUUGUACGACACAAUGAAGUUCGAUGCCCUGCACAACCGUCAAUUCCUUGAGUGGGUUUUCACACCGUCAAGACAGAUGCUGCAGGACGAAUUCGGCAUCAUACUCGAUCGUGAAGGCAAGAGGGCUACCGUGGUUUCCGAAGACAACAACAAAACACCGGAAGACAAGUCUGAUAAAGGCCAAACCAUCAGUUCAUCGCCUACUGAGCGGACUGACAAGUCCGAGCGGCCAGAGAAAAACGACAAGGGCGACAAGAACGACAAGUCUGACACGCAGAAUGCUGUUAGACGGAUCUUCAGACGAAGGUCAUGGAUGAAGCAUUCAAACGAGAUUGCACAGCCUGACGAAUACUUUCACCUACAGAAGGGUGAUAGCAGAACCAAAGCGAAGACAGACGAGCGCUUCGAACCGCUUCGCGAGCUCUAUCAGUUGGCCAAAGUGUUGUUCGAUUUCAUAUGUCCCCAGGAGUAUGGCAUCUCCGACAGCGAGAAGCUUGAGAUCGGGCUGUUGACGUCUUUGCCUCUGCUCAAGGAGAUCGUCCAAGACCUAGAGGAGAUGCAAGCUUCAGAAGAUGCCAAAUCGUUCUUCUACUUCACCAAGGAGUCGCACAUCUAUACGUUGCUCAACUGCAUCCUUGAAGGAGGUAUCGAGACCAAGAUCAAUCGUGCGACAAUCCCCGAGCUCGACUAUCUCUCCCAGAUAUGCUUUGAGUUGUACGAGUCCGAGACCAAGCCGGGAGCAGAUGCACCGCUUCCGGGUCAACCUACGUUCAACUACAGUAUCCGCAUCACCAUCAGCCCUGGCUGUCAUAUCUAUGACCCGCUCGACAUCCAACUAGACAGCAAGCACUGCAUAGGUUGUGCUGCACGCAGGAGCCUGACUCCUCAUGGAGAUUGGAAACAGGUCAUAGAGACCUUGCGCGCCAAGUUCCACCAGGUCAAACUGCCAAAGACGUUCCUAGCUGUUAAUCUCUCGGAUGCCUUCACGUUCCAAGAGAAGGAGCGCCAUAACUCCGAGGCAGACGUCCACGACAAGGACGAAAACAGCCCUGAGUCUGACGCUCUUGAGAUGAAAGCUACUGGACCUUCAGUUGCGUCGUCCACUACGGCCGAUGGCGGGGACGCAACUCGAUCCGCUGCUGCUCCUAUUCCAGUGGAGACGGCGGCUCAGCCUCCGCCUGCGGAAGACCUCGCAAAGGCCCCUGAUUCAGAGAGCAAUGCCGGCACCGCGCAGCCUUAG